AUGGCUGAGGAACAGAAGGAGGCUCCUACCAUGGAGGAUAUCCCCAAGAUCUCAGUGUUCACGCCAAUCAUCUACGUCAGUCUUCUUCUCGGGGUGUUUGUCGUGUUCCUGGUGGUGUACCGAAAAAAGCGGUUGAGAAAGUUACAGGCAUUCGAGCCCCUCUUCGGCCCUAACCGUCCCGCCGAAUUGUAUGAUUUUAUGAAAAUGCAAGCCAUUAACCCUGGGGUGCCCAAGGAACAGAAACCUCACGAGAAAGUGUUGAAAGCGGCGCUUUUACGCCGAGGAGUGGAAGCGGUGAGAAGACUGAUGAAGUUGAAAGAAUUUGAGCCGACAUUCACUCGGUUGUACCAGGAAGGGCUCAUUGGUGACGAUAUCCACCAGCAAUACGGCAUCCAGGUCAAGUUCCAGGAGCUAGAAUUACAAGAUAUCGUUAAGGACGUUGAGGGGUUUAAGAAGGGGUGGGCGCAAACAUUCUUCCCUACCGCGCAAGAAAUCUGCUUCAACGAGGCGUUGAGACGGAGACUAUACGCCAUGGACGACCGCAAGCAGCAGUUGUCGGAGUUGUGGCACUACCACGUGUCGGAGCUGGAAAAGAAGUUGAGCCAGCAGUCGCCGGUUAAGUCGAAGACCGAGCCGAAGGAAAAAGUGGCGGAAAAGGUCACCAAAAAGGUGGCGGAGAAGCCUAAGGUGGUUGAAGAAAAGGCGGAGAAGGUGGUGGACGAGAAGCCCAAGGUGGAAGAGGUUCACGUCGCCGACUUGGACUAG